AAAAAAUAGAGCGAGAGAAGCGCCUCUCUUUCUCUCUCCCCCUCGGUAUCUUCUUCCUCAUGGAGAUCUCGUCGUUGGCGUCUCCGUUUCAUCGUCGGAGUUCCCUCCUCAUCCUCGAUCUUCAUUAAUCCCUCGAUAAACCUCUGAUCUCCACUUGUUCUUUCCAUUUCUUGUUUCCAUCCCUAGAUCUGCCGGACUUCUCUUCCCGCGGAGAUCUAAUCUUUUCAAUCACUUCCCGAUCCGAUCCCCCUCGGAUCCCUCUGGCGCUGAUACUUUUUUAGCCCUCUGAUUUCAAAGAUCCAAUCUUUCCUACCAAGAUGGGCCGCCGAGGGAUCCAGAAUUCCGCCAUCGAUGCUGCAUCUCCAGACGCGGGGGACCUCGCCUGCGUGAUAUGCUCGGAGGUGAGCGCUGUUCUCGCCGUGAUGCGCCGGAAUGUUCGGUGGGGCAGCCGGUAUGGUUCCCCCGACGAGGACGCCGGACUGGAACACUCUCUCAUACGUUCUCUCAAGUCACUUCGCCGGCAGGUCUUUUCUUGGGGGUACGCCCUCAGCCCUUGGAGUUCCAUUGAACCUUCCCUCUAUCUCCGACCUUUCCUCGACGUGGUAUGCUCCGACGAGACGAGUGCUCCUAUUACCGGCGUCGCACUGUCCUCAAUCUACAAAAUCCUUAUGCUGGACGCCCUGGAUCCGGAGGCUGGUAUCGGUGUGGAUGCUGCUAUGCAUUUGGUGGUCGAGGCGGUCACCAGCUGCAGGUUUGAGGUGACGGACCCGGCGUCUGAGGAGGCUGUGUUGAUGAAGAUCCUCCAGGUCCUGCUUGCAAUAAUGCGGAGCCGAGCGUCUUCUGUGCUCAGCAAUCAGCAUGUCUGCACGAUUGUCAACACGUGCUUCCGUGUUGUCCACCAGGCGGGCACGAAGGGGGAGCUGCUGCAGAGGUUCUCGCGUCAGACCAUGCAUGAGCUCAUCCGAUGCAUCUUCUCACGCUUGCCUGAUCUAAAGGCUGGUGCCGGAUCUCUUUCUGUCAAGCCAGAGAUGGGUGCAGUUGACAAGGACCAAACUUUUGGGAUCAACCAAGAAGAUAACGCAAAUGCUAGUGUUGGACCUGCGAGCACAGGUGAGGAAGAUAGCCAUUCACCAGUAGAAGAAGCUCCAAAUGGAGAGCAAAUUAAAGUAGAACCGUAUGGAAUCCCUUGCAUGUUGGAAAUAUUCCACUUUUUAUGUUCCCUUUUGAAUAUAGAUGAGCAUAUCGGGAUAACUCGUGGAACAAAUCAGAUAGCUAUUUAUGAGGAUGUGCCACUUUUUGCUCUUGGAAUGAUUAAUUCAGUUAUUGAAUUAGGGGGUUCAUCAAUAAACCAGCAUCAGAAGUUACUAUCACUGAUACAAGAUGAGUUGUUUAGGAAUUUGAUGCAGCUUGGGUUGUCCAUGAGUCCACUUAUUUUGUCCAUGGUUUGCAGCAUAGCUCUGAACCUCUAUAGGCAAUUGUGUACUGAACUCAAAUUGCAGCUCGAGGCAUUCUUCUCUUGUGUUAUCUUGAGGGUUGCACAAAGCCGAUAUGGGGCUACAUACCAUCAGCAAGAGGUAGCCAUGGAGGCUCUUGUGGACUUCUGCAGGCAGAGAACAUUUAUGGCUGAAAUGUAUGCCAACUUUGAUUGUGACAUAUCUUCAAGCAAUGUCUUUGAAGAAUUAGCUAACCUUCUAUCAAAGAGUGCAUUUCCUGUUAAUUGCCCUCUUGCUUCCACACAUCUUCUUGCACUGGAUGGUUUGAUUGCCAUGGUUAAGGAAAUGUCCAAUAGGAUUGAAAAUGCAUCUCUUUCUUCAGAACAAACUACAUUAGAACUUGAGGUAUUUUCUCCCUUUUGGACAUUGAAAUGUGAAGACGACUCUGACCCAAACCAGUGGGUAAGGUUUGUCAAUCAUAUGAAGCACAUCAAAAGAAGAUUAAUGAUUGUUGCUGAUCAUUUCAAUAGAGACCCCAAGAAAGGGUUAGAGUUUCUUAAAGGAACUCACCUCGUGCCUGAAAAUCUGGAUCCCCAUAGUGUGGCAUGCUUCUUCAGAUAUACAGCUGGAUUGGAUAAAAACCUUGUGGGGGAUUACUUGGGAAAUCAUGAUGAAUUUUGUGUGAAGGUGCUUCAUGAGUUUGUCCGCACUUUUGAUUUCCAGAAUUUGAAUUUGGAUACCGCUCUUCGCCUUUUUCUAGAUACCUUCCGGUUGCCUGGUGAAUCUCAGAAGAUUCAGAGGGUACUCGAGGCUUUCUCAGAGCGAUACUUUGAACAAUCACCAGAGAUUCUUGUUGACAAGGAUGCUGCCCUUGUGCUGGCUUAUUCACUUAUAAUGCUCAAUACUGACCAACAUAAUGCCCAGGUUAAGAAGAAGAUGACUGAGGAGGAUUUUAUACGGAAUAAUCGUCGCAUUAAUGGUGGAAAUGAUCUUCCAAGGGAGUUUUUAUCAGAACUCUAUCACUCAAUAUGCAGGAAUGAGAUAAGGACAAUUCCUGAACAGGUUUCUGGUUUUUCAGAAAUGUAUCACAGCCGUUGGAUUAAUCUUAUCCGAAAGUCCAAGAAGAUGUCUCCUUAUAUUGUUUGUGAUUCCCGUCCUCUCCUUGAUCUUCAAAUGUUUACAAUCAUGUCAGGUCCCACUGUUGCUGCUAUCUCAGUAGUUUUUGAUAAUGCAGAACAUGAAGAAAUUCUUUUGACAUGUAUAGAUGGCUUUUUGACUGUGGCAAAGAUCUCAGCACACUACCAUCUAGAAGAUGCUUUAGAUGAUUUAGUAGUGUCCCUAUGCAAAUUCACAACCCUCUUGGACUCAUCUUUCUUUGAGGAACCAGUGACCAUAUUUGCAGAUGACAUGAAAGCUAGAUUAGCGCUUGAGACAGUUUUCAGUAUAGCAAAUUCAUAUGGAGACUGCAUACGUAAUGGCUGGAGAAAUAUCCUUGAUUGCAUACUAAGAUUGCACAAAUUGGGUCUUCUUCCUGCUUGCAUUACCAGUGAUGCAGCUGACGAUUCUGAAACUUCUCUAGAUUUAGUCUAUGGAAAGCUUGUUCCUAACUCACUUUCUACCUCUCAAGUUCAAAUGGUCACUCCCCGUAAAUCCUCUGGGUUGAUGGGGAGAUUUACCCAGCUGUUAUCUUUUGACAUUGAAGAUAAAAGGUUGGAACCAGAUGAACAGCAGCUUGCUGCUCAUCAGAGGACACUGCAGAUAAUAGAGGAGUGUCACAUCGACAGUAUAUUCAUGGAAAGCAAGUUUUUACAUGCUGAUUCACUAAUGCAGAUUGCUAGGGCCCUUACUGUAGCCGGUCAUCCUCAGAAAGUUACCAAUUCACCUGAUGAUGAAGAAACUGCAGUUUUUUGCUUGGAGCUACUUAUUGCUAUCACAUUAAACAAUCGAGAUAGAAUUGGACUCCUCUGGCAAGGUGUAUAUGAGCACAUAGCCAAUAUAGUUCAGUCUACUGCAGUACCUUGUGCUCUUGUGGAAAAGGCAGUUUUUGGACUCCUAAGAAUUUGCCAGAGGUUACUACCUUACAAGGAGAACCUGGUUGAUGAGCUUUUAAGAUCACUGCAGUUGGUUUUAAAGCUUGAUGCACGUGUUGCAGAUGCUUAUUGUGAGAAUAUUACUCAGGAAAUCGCACGGCUUGUGAAGGCUAAUGCAACCCAUAUGAAAUCUCAGGUUGGUUGGCGGACCAUAAUUUCACUGCUUUCUAUCACAGCUCGCCACCCAGAAGCUUCAGAAGUGGGUUUUGAAGCACUUUUGUUCAUUAUGUCUGAAGGAGCUCACAUUUCACCGGCCAACUAUAUCCUUUUGAUUGAAGCUUCACGUCAUUUUGCAGAAUCUCGUGUUGGACUAACAGAUAGAUCAGUACGAGCAAUAGAUCUAAUGGCAGAAUCCUUUAAUUGUCUUUUUUGCUGGUCUCGUGAGACUAGAGAUGCUGGUGAGGAAGCUGAUAAAAUUUCAGACGGAAUUAGAGAGAUGUGGGAAAGGCUUAUCCAAGCACUGAGAAAGAUCUGCCUGGAUCAGAGAGAGAAAGUAAGGAAUCAUGCUUUGUUAUCUUUGCAGAAAUGCCUGGUAGGAGCAGAAGGAAUGUGCCUGUUACCCUCAACAUGGUUGUGGGCCUUUGAUCAAGUUAUAUUUACUGUGCUUGAUGAUUUACUGGAGAUUGUACAAAACCAGUCGCCAAAAGAUUACCGGAACAUGGAGGGCACACUUACACAUGCCAUGAAGUUGCUAUCAAGAGUGUUUUUGCAGCUAGUUCAAGAGCUUUCUCAGCAAAGUAGUUUCUGCAAGCUGUGGCUAGGGGUCAUUGAGCGGAUGGAGAAGUACAUGAAAGUUAAGGUGAGAGGUAGGAAAAGUGAGAAACUACAAGAACUGAUUCCUGAACUUCUCAAGAACAUUCUGUUGAUCAUGAAAUCAAAGGGAAUCCUUUCAGAAAGGAGCACCACAGAUGAAGAUAACUUGUGGGAGUUGGCAUGGCUUCAUAUAAACAAUAUUGCACCUCUAUUGCAGUCUGAAUUGUUACCUGUUCAGGAAAUGGAACAAUUACAUUCAGGUGUUCAGGCUGAUCUGAGUAGCCCUAGGCUAGUGGCUGAGCCCUCUGUUGGUUAGGCUGGAGUUGUUGCGAGGUCCUUCUGAUUCAUUUUAUUGUAAGAGGCAUAAAAAUUCUCUCAAAGGGGGCGCUCCUGUUUAUUUCUCACAUGUGGUGGUCAUCAACUUUUAGACACUUAUGGUGUCAUCUUCUUUUGGAUCAUUGAUUGCUUGAGUGAAGUCUCAUUGCGGGACGAUCAUAGCUGAGUCUUAAGCUGAAUUGGUUCUCUUUGACUACCAUGUAAAGUUUGGAGUUUGUUAAAGAUUUGGAUGAGCAAAGAGGUACUAAUGGAUUAAAGGCUAAAUUUUUCUUGCCAGUGACUCCCUCCAGAUGCAAUCUGUAAGAUCAUCUCUGCAUUCAUCUUUUUUUACAUCGCAUGCUUUUGUUUUCUCAAUGUCAAUAUACUUCUUAUAGAAUGUGAAUUAAAAUUAAUUUUUGGUA